AUAUCCAUCCAUCCAUCCAUCAAUGGCUAAUAUUACUAGCUUCCCAGAUGAAUCCCUUGGUCUUGCUGCAGAUUCUGAUGUAGUGUUCUUAAUGGUGCCAUUUCCAGCCCAAAGCCACCUCAACCAGCUCCUUAGUCUUUCUCACCUCAUCCGCUCCCGUGGCUUCCCCGUUCACUACGCCGCCUCCGCCAUCCACUGCCGCCAGGCCAAACUACGACACGACACUCUCCUCCUGAAUACAUCGGGAAUCAUAUUCCACGAAUUGCCCACACCCCCUUUUAACUCUCCUCCUCCCGAACCAUACUCCUCUGUCAAAUUCCCUCAACAUCUUUGGCCCUCGUUCGAAUCCUCCUUGAAUCUGCGCCAACCUGUCGCUGCAUUGCUACGGGAACUUUCCUCCUCCUCGGUGGAUACAACUACAUCUAGAACUAGGGCUAGAAGACUCGUCGUCAUCCACGACGACCUAAUGAAUUACGUGGUCCAGGAUGCUGCCUCUGUUCCGAAUGCAGAGUCCUAUUCUUUCAGUUGUGGCUCCACCCUUUGCACCUUCUGUUUAACGUGCCAGUUCUCCGGGAAACCUUUCCCGGUGGUCGAGCUGGAUCCCGACGCAAUCCCGACACUAGACAAUUGCUUCACCCCAGACAUUGCCAGCUUUUUAUCCAUUCAGAGUCAAUAUGAUCAUCUCAAACAUGGCACUCUAUUCAGCACAUGUCGAGCAAUCGAGGGCCCUUACCUCGACCUUCUAGCCCAAACAACACAUGCCGACGCAGCCGUUGGCAAGACCAAGCAAUGGGCGGUUGCCCCUUUGUUCCCUGUCACACCAAACCACGACAAAGCUCACCCAACCUUGGAAUGGCUCGACAAACAACCACCAAAUUCGGUGAUAUACGUGUCCUUUGGGUCAUCCACAACCAUGAGCCAUGAACAGAUCAAUGAGCUGGCUAUAGGAUUGGAAGAAAGUAAACAGAGGUUCCUAUGGGUGUUGAGAGAUGCCGACAGAGUAGACAUAUUCAACGCUGAAACCAAAAUCCUUCAGCUGCCGGAAGGGUUCGAGGAGCGGGUGAAAGGGGUGGGAAAGGUGACCAGAGAUUGGGCACCUCAGCUCGGGAUUCUCCGGCACCCAUCGGUUGGAGGAUUUAUGAGCCACUGCGGCUGGAACUCAUGCCUAGAGAGCCUAACCAUGGGCGUGCCAUUGGCUACAUGGCCAAUGCACUCCGACCAGCCGCAUAACGCCUUACUCAUGACCCACAUACUCAAAGUCGGAGUUCAGGUCAUGGGUUGGGGAGAACGCGAUGAACUAGUGACCUCAUCCGCCAUUAAGAAAAGCAUUGAAAAUUUGAUGGCAUCGAAUGAAGGACAUGCGGUUAGAACAAGAGCGGAAGAGCUCAGCAAAGUUAUCAAGCAGUCCGUCGACGACGAUAACUGGGAGUUGAAUUCUUUCCUAACUUACGCAACUCGAUCAAUUAAUUAAUUAAUUAAUACUGUUUAAUUUUCAAAUAAGAUCAUCAUGGCC